AUGGCCGAUGAAGAGCAUUCGCGCACAGCUUCUUCGUAUGACUGUGACGAUGAUUUUGUAGAAGGUGAGGACAAUGGAGAAGAUUUUGAAGGAACCCUCGAUGAAGAGGAAUUGCUGGAAGGUGGAGUUGAUUACUCAGAAGAACUCAGAGAACUAGAGGAUGAAGGUUCGAUGGAUAUUGAAGAGCUGAGACGAAGAUACGGUUACUCAUUGUAUGGCGAUGAUGACGAAAGCGCGGAAGCAGAGUGUGACAGUAGCUCGGAUGCAGGCGCCGUUGGUGAAGGUGGUGAUGGUGAAUGCGAAACGGUCGAUGUAGAAGCUAGUGAGAGUGGGGAGUUUUUCCACCUUCCAUAUGACGAGCUUGACGAAGGGGACGAUUCAGAUGAUAGAGACUAUGCGCCGCCAGAUCCGUGGAAGAAGGACGUUCGUGUUGAUGCAGGCCGUUAUCAAGCAGCAGUUCCUGAAAGCAUGAACGACGAAGAGUCUGUAGGGUCGAGUGAUAAUGACAACGAUCUACCGGCACUACCCAACCCGGUACCGGGUGGAGCAUUGUGGAUGCCGACGGAUGAAUUGUCAGAGGUCGAUAUAAAUCGAUUUUUAACUGACAUUGUUGAAUUGAGAGAAGCGCAUGGUCAAACAUUUUCUGAUCGUUUUUCUGUAACGAGAGACGAUGAAGACGCGCUCUGUGCAUUGUAUAGGCACCGUUACGAUACUGAAAAAGCGAAGGCAGCGUUUCCGUUUUCUCGAGUGAACCAACCAUUCCGCACUGUUCGUCAAGGCGCUUUGCAGUGGGAUUUGUCUGAGCGAGAUUUGUUUGAGAGAGGUAUCACGAUGUACGGCAAGAACUUCUCCGCCAUACAGAAGAGACUUUUACCAUAUAGACGAGUAGGAGAGCUCGUUGAAUAUUACUACUUCUGGAAAAAGACAGAUAGAUAUCAGAUGUUUCGAAAGCAUACCGUUUAUGCUGAGCCAGAUAUGCAUUGUCUGGGGCCGCCCUUAUCAUCUCAGAAUCCGUAUGUGCAAAACCAAUAUGAUGGAGCUUUACCGGAGGUGGGCGGUACUAGGGCAGAUAACGACGGUGCUCUUCCUGAUAUGGCUGGCAGUGUACUACCGUCAGCGGAAGCUGGAAGGGAGAAUCUCAACGCCACACCAGCGUCGUCACAACCGCCCAGCGAGCCUCCAGCACCAGUAGCUGCAGCCGGCGAGACUGAAGGAGAACAGAAAGCCGAGCGUGGUGAUAUCUGGUGGAAUGAUGACGUGCCUGUGGCGCAAGUAUGA